CACGGUAAUUACUCCGCUUCAAUGGGUUUAGCCAUGAGCCUCUAACCCGUGACGGUCAUGAGGGUUUUCUGCCCCUCUCUGCUCUCCGGUAGUACUGAGGCAAGAUAUUUCAGGAGUGAAAAAACAGAACUUCGAGAAGGCAGUCUUUUUUUGAGAAGCCAUCCCAACCAGAAGAACGGUUCUCUUCAAUCUAAUUAUCCAAUUUGCUUGAUGCGGUGUAAUCAUACAAACGGAAUGCCUCGUGGAGACUUCAACAUUUAUUUUGCCAGCAGCAGACGAGGAUAUGUCAGAGCUGAGGAGGCAGUGGGAAUAGUUCUGCUGGUGGUCAUCCUGGCAGCUUUGCUCCUCCUGGGCUGCUGGUACUUCAAGAAGAGGAGUGGCUACAAAAUAAUCAGGAGCCCCAGAUCAGGGUCACCAGGUUACACAACAGGCCAAUUCUCAGAGGCAGGACCUUCAGCAGAUAACAAGAUGGCUCUUACUGACUUUGGCAGCUUCCGACCUGUGGUUCCUAAUGCUCCUCCAGCCUAUGAAAAGAUUGCCUCAGGGCCACUGCCUCCUCCCUAUUCCCCCUGACGGACUUCUGUAGAUGAUGUACAGAUGUCUGAAGAAGAAAGGAAAAUAACAGAGAGCGAACUCUAAACCUCAUCUGUUGUCUGAUAUCUAAUCUGUCACCGUCAUUAUGGUUCCUUAUGCUUGAUAGCUAAAUAGGUGAAACUAUUGUAUUCCUCACUUUGUAAAAUUAUUCACAUGUAUGAAUGCAAUGUAUAUACUGUAGGUUCUGUCAAUA